CCGGGUCCCUGCCCAACUCCCACCCCCGCAAACUGGUCUCUGCCCGCAAACCUCCCUUCGGUCUCUUGCCGCCCCCCCGCCUGCGCCGAUCACCACUUCAGCCUCCAGACCCCCGUAUUCCCACUCUCUGCGGCGGCCAGCCCGUGACCGGAAACCGCUGUGUGGAACCGCCAGCCGAGACCGGAAGUGGAAGCACAGGGAGGCGCCGUGGAGGCAGUCGUGGGUGGCUUGCUGCGCUCGCUGUGUGUACUGUCGUCUCUGGGUGGGACUUCUGCGUUCACGUGGGACGUUUGGCUGCCGUGCGAGCGGAGGACUCAGUGGGCUGCCUGUGUCCGGGACACUGACAAGAAAAGCAUCCCUGGAGCUCAAGUUUGAGUUGACACCAGCCUGAAGUCUCACCUUUCCUCACUGAAGAUUUCUGUGUGACUAGGUUGGGUCGCUGGUGAGGACAGAGGAGCCAUCCUCCACCUGCAGCAGCCAGCAGUGUAGCAUCUUCCAAUCUCUCCUUCUUGCUGUCGGUCCUGUUUCCAUCAUCACUUCUGACUCUGAUCCUGCCGCCUCCCUCUCAUAAGGACCCUGUGAUGACACUGGGCCCACCUGGAUAAUCCAGAAUCAUCUCCCCAUCUCCAAGUCCUUACCUUCAGCACAUCUGCAAAUCUCUUUGCCAUAGCCGUGUCCUGAGUGCACUGUGGGAGUUAGGCAGAGUGUCCUGGUUCUCCUGCUGCCCUGUGCAGGAAGACUUCCUGUCUGAGUCGUAGGCUUGGAGCCAUGGUUCUGUUCCGCACUUGUGGUCAGUCUCCCCUGUACCCAACAUCUCAAAAACCAUGCACAGAGGAGGAAGGGUUUGUUACUGGCUUCCUGACAAGCUGGUUACCGGACUUAGUGAGGUUUGAGGAUGUGGCCGUGGAGUUUACCCAGGAGGAGUGGGCUCUGCUGGACCCUUCGCAGAGAACGCUGUACAGAGACGUGAUGCUGGAGACCUGCAGGAACCUGGCCUCGCUUGGGUAUGAUGUUGAUAAACCCAGCCUAAUCUCUCAGUUGGAGCAAGAAGACAAGAUGCUGACAGAGGAGAGAGGAGUUCUCCCAGGCACCUGUUCAGAUUUGGAGACGGUACUUAAAGCCAAAUGGUUAACUCCUAAGAAGCAUGUUUUUAGAAAAAAAGGUUCUAAUGGUGUAAAAGCGGAAAGAAGUCAUCUUGGAGUGAAACUCAAUGAAUGUAAUCAGUGUUUUAAAGUCUUCAGCACAAAAUCUAACCUUACUCAGCACAAGAGAAUCCAUACGGGAGAAAAACCCUAUGACUGUAGUCAGUGUGGGAAAUCCUUCAGCAGUAGAUCUUACCUUACGAUUCAUAAGAGAAUACAUAACGGGGAGAAGCCCUAUGAAUGCAGUGACUGUGGGAAAGCCUUCAAUGAUCCCUCAUCCCUCAGACUGCAUGUCAGAAUUCACACUGGAGAAAAACCUUAUGAAUGUAACCAGUGUUUUCAUGUGUUUCGCACUAGCUGUAACCUCAAAAGCCACAAGAGAAUUCAUACAAGAGAGAAUCAUCAUGAAUGUAAUCAGUGUGGAAAGGCCUUCAGCACAAGGUCCUCCCUUACCGGGCACAAUAGUAUUCAUACCGGGGAGAAACCUUAUGAGUGCCACGAUUGUGGGAAAACCUUUAGGAAGAGCUCGUACCUGACACAGCACAUGAGGACUCAUACUGGAGAAAAGCCCUAUUUGUGUAAUCAGUGCGGCAAAUCUUUCAGCAGUAGCUUCUCCUUUACGGUACACAAGAGAAUUCAUACUGGGGAGAAACCUUACGAAUGCAGUAACUGUGGGAAAGCUUUUAAUAAUCUGUCAGCUGUGAAGAAACACGUGAGAACUCACACUGGAGAAAAACCCUAUGAAUGUAAUCAUUGUGGAAAAUCUUUCACCACUAACUCUUACCUUUCGGUGCAUAAGAGAAUACAUAAUAGGUGGAUAUGAAUACAGUAACUGGGAAAGCAUUGAUUCCUUAGACCUCAGACAACUGUGGUAAGUCAUGCUAGGUGGAUGAGUUAUCUGUUGCUGCGUAACAUUAUCUCACAAUUUCUGUAGGUCAGUUCAGAAAUGGCUUAACUUCUGUAGUGCUGGCUUAGGAUCUCUCAUGAGGGUGCAAUGCAGAUUGUCAGCAGGAGCUGCAAUCAUCUGUGUUUUUUAUUGCUGAAGAGUCCACUUCCGAAGGGGCUCUCUCACUUGCCUGGCAAGUUGGUGCUGGUUGUUGGCAGGGAACCUUAAUUUCCUCACCAUGUAGGACUUUCCACAGGCCUAUGUAUAUUAAUGACGUAGCAGCAGACUCCCCCGAAAGCAUGGUCUGAGGAAGAGCUAAUGCCAAAGCCACGUAGUCUUUUAUGACCUAGUCUUGGAAGGACAUGUCGCUUCUUCCAUGUUGUAUUGGACACAGACCAAUCGUGAUGCAGUGUGGGAGGAGACUACACAGGUGUGUAUAAGAUUAGAGAGAGAGCAUUGGGAACCCUCUGUGAUACUUGCCAUGAAAUCAACAAAGAAAGGCCUUCAGGUUUUCAGUCUAUUUGAUAGGAAGUAUCAUUCAGUAGCCCUCAUGUGAAUCCACUCUGGAGAGAAACCUCAUGAGUGCAGUCUUUGUGAUAAGCUUUCAGCUCAAACUCACCUUAAUGUGCACAAAAGGUUAUGCACUGGGGAGAAACCCUCGGAGUGUGAUAGCGGUAGGAAGGUCUUCUGGGCUCUCUCUAAGGAGUCAUGUGACAGCUCACACUAAGGGGAAAACCUUAUAUCAGAAUGCAAAGCCUUCAGGGACACGUGUCCCUUAGAACACGUGUGAGAAAUCACUGCCACGAAACACAAAAGGAUGUGAAAACCUUACAGCAUAGACAUUCACAUGACUGAGCAAAGUGGUGAGAUAUUCUCAAUGCAACGGGAAAGCCUUAAACGUUCUCUCAGUUUCUAAGAGAUGUAGGGAUUUAUUCUGGAGAGGAAAUCCCAUUACUUGUCAUCAGUAUUGGAAAGCUUUCCGUUUUUCCCCAUUCCCAAGGAAAGUGUGAGAACUCAAGCAAAGAAACCCGUGAAUAUAAAGAAUGAGGACAAGCUUUUAAUGAUGAUACCUCUUACAUGAGGAAAAACAGGAACUCCCUGGCUGCCCAACCUGUGAGUGUACUAAUUUUAGAAGACCUUUCAGUGAUUGCGAUUGCUGUCUUUGUUGACUUGUGAGAACUCAAAUUAGAGGGAAACCCUCAGAAUAUAAUCAAUACAAGACGCUUCAGCCUCACCUCUUCACUGAGUGGCCCAAAAUCAACUGGGAAUGAAAAUUGUAAACAUAAGCGGUAUUACCUUUCAAAGUAUCUAAUCUUUAGAAGGGUCCAUUGCAUCGUUAAUUUUCACUUGUUUAUUAGGAUAAACAUUUAUGUCUGUAGCUAUACCCUAAAGUAAACCUGAAAUGAUCUUCCAUAGUUUUAUAUGUAAUAUGUUUAUUAUUUACUCUAAAAAUAUCAAUAUAUUACAUAUUCAGAAAUGUAUUUCUGAAUGUCUCCUGAGUGACUUAGUUUAUCAUAAUGAAACUUAGACCGUAUGUACUAUAUACUUUUUCUAAUUUAAUGGCAUUUUUGUCAAGUAAGUGGAGUUUAUGAUGUUGAUUCGAUUUUAUCUUUUUAUCCUAGUAUGGCACUUACUUUUAGCUUCUUUCACAAUGUCCAUUCUCCCCUACUUAUUUAAAGAAAAAAAAAUUGUUCAAGUUGCCGAUGAGCAGUAUUAAAAAUACUCAAUAUGCCAGGCUUCCCCAAAGCCCAGAGAUGUGUUGUCAUCUGCUGGCCAUGCAAAGGAGGUAGAAGUCACUGGGCAGAUGUCAUCUGGCUUAUUCGCUUCACCUGCAUUCUAUUCAUCUUAACUACUAUUUCUUUUGAAAGUGGGCUCAAGGCCUAAAAUUGGAAGAGUUACAUUUUGAGUAAGAUGACAAAAAACAAUGUAACAAAAAAAUCACAAAUAUGUGGACUCCCCAA